ACGCCCACUGCCGCAGCAGCCGUGAGAGGGAGCAACUCGACAUCCCCAGCUCCCUGUAGCCCACCGCAGCUCGUGGAGAGCACGGCCAUGGAGAUGGACAACUUCUGUCCAGUCUGCCAGGACAGCUGGGAGGAGGCCAGCUACGUGACACCAUGCCUCCACCGGUUCUGCUAUCCCUGCAUCUUGCAGUGGGCUGAAACCAAGCCCGAGUGCCCCCUCUGCAAGAGGCGGAUCCUCUCCAUCGUGCACUCGGUGCGUGCGGAUGACGACUUUGAGGAGCACGUCAUCACAACACCUGCGGUGCCGUCGGUCGCCAGCCGCCAGGCAGGAGAUCCCAGCCGUCCAGCUGCCCACAGCCGCCAUGGCCCUGCAGCAGCACAAGCAGCGCAGCCUGUGGGACUGGUGCAGGGGGCUCCUCUGCGUGGCCUCCGGCCCAGCACCUGGGCAUCCCUUUUCCGGGACCACCCAGCCCUCCUCCAGCCCCUGCUGAGCUGGGCGCAACAGGAGCUGGGGCUGAUCUUUGGGAGCCGGCGUUCGCGGGCAGACCUAGUGGAGGAGCUCCUCGCAUCCCUCUUGGUCCUUUUCGGGCUGGACGAAGACCUACUGGUCCAGCUGUUGGCGGCCACCCUGGAAAACCACGCAGCGACGUUUGUGCACCGGCUUAUUGACGUCGCUGUGCAAUGGUGCAGCGGGGAGGCCCGUCGCCUGCUGGGCCUGGAGGACGGCCGUGCUGCCGGUGGGCGGGAGGGCAGCCCCGUGGCUGCCCCCAGCCCCUCUGCAUCGCGAGGAGGGUCUCCCGCACCUGGCCCGGCCCCUUCCAGGAGCCCUGAGGGAACCAACAUGGGUGACGUCCCCAGCACCUCAACGGCUGCCCUUAGUGGGGAUCCCAGCAGCCCGCCCCUUGGCGCUGGUCCUCUCUCUGGGGAGCAAGAAGAGCCCCGGGAGGAGACCGAGGAGGCUGCGGCACAUCCAUCUGCUUCCAGCUGGGACAGAGAACGCUCCCCUGGGCAGCCACGGCGAGCCCCGAAGAGGAGGGCCGGCAGAUCCGAGGCUUCUACUCCAGCCAAGAAGAGGCCGCCCCACGGGCAGCGCUAGAGGAAUGCCCCAGGCGCUGCUGAAAGCAGGGCUGGGCCAGCAGCUGGGGCGUGCGCUGGCCCUCGAGGAUUCCCGGCCCUCUAAUUCUACUUAGCAGGGCAAUAAAAGAAAAUAGAGAACUGAAGACCGCAGAAAAAGUGUCAGUGUUAUCAAUAUGUGCAAUUGCUAUCCCAGCCCAGCUGCCUUCUCCCUCUUUUGCUGGGACCAUGUCCAGGGUUUACUCCUGUUGUCCUUAGCAGAGGACCAUGGGGCUUCUCCCUCUGGUCUUGCACAGCCCUGCUUUGACUGUCAUGGGGCCCGGCCUGGUUCGGCUCUUCCCUUCCCUUCCCUUCCCUUCCCUUCCCUUCCCUUCCCUUCCCUUCCCUUCCCUUCCCUUCCCUUCCCUUCCCUUCCCUUCCCUUCCCUUCCCUUCCCUUCCCUUCCCUUCCCUUCCCUUCCCUUCCCUUCCCUUCCCUUCCCUUCCCUUCCCGCUUCCCUCCUCUCCUUCUGCAUCUCUCUCCCCUCUCCCUUCUCCUCUCUCCCCUCAUUUUCUUCUGGAAUAUCAUGAGUUUCUUGAUGUGUCCUGCCCUUGUGUUCUUUCAAGAAGAGCAGAUAAUCUAAGCGUCAAGGGUUGUUUUCUUCAAAAAUACUCCAUAGCAUGCAUUUUCCAGGCAGCUUUAGACUGAUGCUGAAAACCUGCAAAUCACUGAUUUUAUGUUGCAGCAAAUCAUUCUGUUUAAUUUCUAUCUGAGUACCACAAAAGAACCCUGUUCAAGGUAGGUUCUGCUGGUUUUCAAGAACUGUCUGGACUUUUUGUCAAGACAUUUGUCACCAGUUGCCAAACCUACAGCUCCAGGAAGGCCUGAUUCUUUAGCCUCACUGUAGGAAAUGAGUUGUCGACUUAGUGUGCCUCUGACUUUCAUUGGGGAAGAUUUGUGCACACUGAGUCUGUGAUAAGCUUAAUUUGAGUCCUUGGGAAUAAAAAUACCUUGCCCUCACAGAUUCCUGACUGAGCACUUGUUAAUUUCUUCAUAACUGCUAGAAGAGUUCAUUCCUUAAUCCUUUAGAUGCCUCCACAGUCAUACUGGUUAUGGACAUGGCAUCAGGGACCACUCCAUUGCACUCAUUGUCCCUAAUAGCAGCCUUUGACUUUUGGUGAGCCCUGGACUGGUCAGGCAGUCAAACUAGAUGGUUGUUUUAGGUCCCUUCCAAAUGGAGCAUGAUCCCUUCCCAUUCACCUCCCCUUCCCUCUUCUCUUUAUCUUUUCUAAAUUAAUGCAAGUGAAAGCUGCUGGACAAAAAAAAUCCAGAAGCUCCUCUUCUGACAUUGGAGCUUACGGAAGCUGUUUCACCUUUGGAAACCUUUAUUUCCCACUGGCAAUGCUUUCUCUUCCAGGUCUUCAGCGAGCAUCUCUGCAAGAGCUUGUGAGUGUUGUGCCCUGGAUUCUGGCCACUCAGGUCCUGAAGACUUCCAGCCUCAAGUGGCCCAGCUUUUCUCUGGGCCACUCACUCCGGUGCUUAAUCAUCCUCACAGGGAUUUUGGUUUUGAUUCUCUGUCCUAUUCCCAGAGUUGGCACCCUCUCUCACUCUCUCACCAGGCAGUGCUGGGAAGAGCCUGUCCCCAUCCCCUUGAUGCCUUUUCCACGGGCACCAGGCUGUGCCCUGAGGUGGGUGCCCCAAGGCCUUCUCUGCUCCAUGGCGGACCAGCCCCACAGACCCUCCUUGCGUCCCCUGAGCCCCUCUGAGCCCCUCUGCUUCGUCGACUUCCCUCCUCUCCAGGACUCCCAAUGGGAUGUAGUGCCUGGAUGAGGCCUGAGGGCUGCUGAGCAGAGGGGGAUCACCCUUGUGCCCUCUGGCCGGGGGAGAAAGACAGGAGAAAGCUGUGACAGCGAGACAAGUGCUGCCUGUGACCCAGCGUGGGAGAAAGCAGAGGAGCCCAGAGGGCUGGGCAGCAGUGCUGGAGCGUGGGGAGAGCCUGUGGGACUCUGUCCUGUAGCCUCCAAGGGAGGCACAAAGUGUAACCCAACAAACCCUCUUGCCAUAGGUGCCUGGAGAUUUCUGCCAUGGCAGAACGACCUGAUGGGGCCCAGUGAAGACACAGCCAAGGCCUUGGUGACUGGCAUGAAACACCGAUGCUGAGCACCAGCGAAGAGACGGGGGACGGAGUGGGCGUUGCGGAAAUGCCACAUGCAUGUGCUGCAGCUGCAGUGCUGCCAGGCCGAGCUUCAUGGGUGAGGGUAGCCCAUUGUGACGUCCCCGAGCAAUGGACUGUGACAUCUUGGAGCGCCGGAUUGUGACCAUGCAUCCCUCACUGCUGGUAUCUGGGUGCUAAGCCUCACCCAGCCAGUUGGUGCCCGCACUCCAGCUGAGCGACUUCGCGAGGUUCGGAGCGUUGAGCGAGGCCUUCGGUGCUGGUGCUGUGCUCAGAGAGUUGUUUGUUGCAGCUUUCAGUGCCCAAGCCCAGAGCCACCAGAGGAUUUUCCCCGACCCUGCCAGGUUCAGGCAGCCGGGGCACGCAGGAGGCGCGCUCGCAGCAGCAGAGCGUGACGCCCACUGCCGCAGCAGCCGUGAGAGGGAGCAACUCGACAUCCCCAGCUCCCUGUAGCCCACCGCAGCUCGUGGAGAGCACGGCCAUGGAGAUGGACAACUUCUGUCCAGUCUGCCAGGACAGCUGGGAGGAGGCCAGCUACGUGACACCAUGCCUCCACCGGUUCUGCUAUCCCUGCAUCUUGCAGUGGGCUGAAACCAAGCCCGAGUGCCCCCUCUGCAAGAGGCGGAUCCUCUCCAUCGUGCACUCGGUGCGUGCGGAUGACGACUUUGAGGAGCACGUCAUCACAACACCUGCGGUGCCGUCGGUCGCCAGCCGCCAGGCAGGAGAUCCCAGCCGUCCAGCUGCCCACAGCCGCCAUGGCCCUGCAGCAGCACAAGCAGCGCAGCCCGUGGGACUGGUGCAGGGGGCUCCUCUGCGUGGCCUCCGGCCCAGCACCUGGGCAUCCCUUUUCCGGGACCACCCAGCCCUCCUCCAGCCCCUGCUGAGCUGGGCGCAACAGGAGCUGGGGCUGAUCUUUGGGAGCCGGCGUUCGCGGGCAGACCUAGUGGAGGAGCUCCUCGCAUCCCUCUUGGUCCUUUUCGGGCUGGACGAAGACCUACUGGUCCAGCUGUUGGCGGCCACCCUGGAAAACCACGCAGCGACGUUUGUGCACCGGCUUAUUGACGUCGCUGUGCAAUGGUGCAGCGGGGAGGCCCGUCGCCUGCUGGGCCUGGAGGACGGCCGUGCUGCCGGUGGGCAGGAGGGCAGCCCCGUGGCUGCCCCCAGCCCCUCUGCAUCGCGAGGAGGGUCUCCCGCACCUGGCCCGGCCCCUUCCAGGAGCCCUGAGGGAACCAACAUGGGUGACGUCCCCAGCACCUCAACGGCUGCCCUUAGUGGGGAUCCCAGCAGCCCGCCCCUUGGCGCUGGUCCUCUCUCUGGGGAGCAAGAAGAGCCCCGGGAGGAGACCGAGGAGGCUGCGGCACAUCCAUCUGCUUCCAGCUGGGACAGAGAACGCUCCCCUGGGCAGCCACGGCGAGCCCCGAAGAGGAGGGCCGGCAGAUCCGAGGCUUCUACUCCAGCCAAGAAGAGGCCGCCCCACGGGCAGCGCUAGAGGAAUGCCCCAGGCGCUGCUGAAAGCAGGGCUGGGCCAGCAGCUGGGGCGUGCGCUGGCCCUCGAGGAUUCCCGGCCCUCUAAUUCUACUUAGCAGGGCAAUAAAAGAAAAUAGAGAACUGAAGACCGCAGAAAAAGUGUCAGUGUUAUCAAUAUGUGCAAUUGCUAUCCCAGCCCAGCUGCCUUCUCCCUCUUUUGCUGGGACCAUGUCCAGGGUUUACUCCUGUUGUCCUUAGCAGAGGACCAUGGGGCUUCUCCCUCUGGUCUUGCACAGCCCUGCUUUGACUGUCAUGGGGCCCGGCCUGGUUCGGCUCUUCCCUUCCCUUCCCUUCCCUUCCCUUCCCUUCCC